UUUCUCCUACUACGAUUAACAGUUAAGCCAGGAAUUUCCCGACAUACCUGAGUGAUGACUGCUGAGAACUGCAGUGUGGCUCCUGACUUCACAUUCCGAGGACUUUCAGACAACAGGCACGUGCAGCAGGGCCUCUUCCUGCUCUUCCUGCUGGUUUAUGGUGUGACUGUGGUUGCCAAUGUGGGGAUGAUCCUGCUGAUCAAGGUGGACCCCAGACUGCACACACCCAUGUAUCAUUUCCUGAGCAAUCUGUCCUUCUGUGAUGUCUGCUACUCCUCUGCUGUCUCUCCCAAGAUGCUGGCUGAUUUCCUCUCUGAGCAUAAAAGGAUUCCAUUUGACUUGUGUGCCAUGCAGAUGUAUUUCUGGGGGAUUUUUGGAGAUGUGGAAUGUCUCAUGUUGGCUGUCAUGGCUUAUGACUGUUAUGUAGCCAUUUGUAAUCCACUUCUUUAUACAGUUUCCAUGUCCAGAAAACUCUGUACCCAGCUAAUAUCUGUUGUCUAUGUCAAAGGUUUGGUAGAUUCAGCAAUCCACACCUGUUGUACAUUUCGAUUAUCAUUUUGCAGUUCUAAUGUCAUCGAUCACUUUUUCUGUGACUUCCCAGCCUUGCUAGCCCUCUCGUCCUCAGAUACAUCCAUCAAUGAGAUAAUGCUGUUCAUAUCCAGUAGCUGUGUUGUGGGGACCAGCAUUAUCACUGUCCUCCUCUCCUACACCUACAUCAUAGCAACCAUCCUUAGGAUGAAUUCAGCCGAGGGGCGACGCAAAGCUUUCUCUACCUGUGCCUCCCAUUUAACUGCUGUGGCUGUAUUUCAUGGCACACUCCUGUUCAUGUAUUUCAGACCCAGCUCGAGUUACUCCAUGGACACAGACAAAAUAGCCUCUGUCUUCUACACAGUUGUCAUCCCCAUGCUAAACCCACUGAUUUACAGUUUAAGAAAUAAGGAUGUGAAAGUUGCCAUAGAAAAAGUAAUCAGUACUAAAUUGUGUUCUGAGUGAUACAGUGUUUU